AAAACACUCCCGGUUUGCAUGCGGACCAGCCACGCAUCACCACAGUUAUAGCCACCGACUUGAACAACGCUCCGUCGCAUUGCCGCAGCAUUACCGGCCGGGUAAGCGAGGGGGAGGGAGGUGGGGCAGUUCUCUUCUCACAACUCCGCUAUAAAAAAUAACAACAGCAACAACACCCACAAAACGUCAAUCGAGACUCACUCGCUCGCUCGCAGAAUGCGCGAAAGCGUCGUUUACGACUGUCACAAACAGCAGCAGCAGCAGCAGCAACAGCCGAUAUGCGGGAGACCGCUGUAGGCUGGCUCACUCCUCCCACCUCGCGUUGAGGUCCGGAGCAAGUUGGUGGCAGAGCAGAGUCCCCACACACCGAGAGCGGCGUGUGACGCAGGCGAAGCCAGCAGACCAAGCCCGCCCGCCCUGCCCGCCAGCCCGCCAGCGUCGACCGUCAACAUCGACAGCAAUUCGCGGCCGCGUAGUGACAAGUCGUGGCUGCGGGCUGUCUCCUGCGAGGAUGUACACAUUCGUGCCCUAUUACCUGCACGGCUUCGGGGUGUGGGGCGUCAAUUACUGCCCGGCGGAGGGCGCCGACUGUGCACGGGCAGCGAAGCACGGGUGCGGCGGUGGUGGCGGUGGUGCUAGCGGUGGUGGUGACGGUGGUGGUGUCGGGGUCGUUCCAUUGCCGGCUCGCCUGCCGAGACCCUCAGCUGUGCUGGCUCCGGCAGCCGCGGGAGCUGCCCCGGGUGGUCCCUGGCAGGCCCCCGCAUGUAGCAAGGAACUCAAGUUCGGGAUUGAGCGAAUUUUAUCCGGAGACAUCCACUCGCGGCCCGCCGACGGAUGCCUGAGGUUCCAAGAUGGAUGCAGCGCCCCGGGCAAACGCAUGUGCCCGAGCAUGUUCCCCGGGCCGGGCCCCACGGGCUGCCCCGUGCGACUGCUGCCCGGAGUGGGGCCACGGGCAAGAGGUCUCCCGGACCCCCACUACGUGCUGCCCACCCAACACCCGGCCGCCUCCCUCGGGCUGCCCUACCACGACGGCUUCCCCGGUCCGUACGCGGCGCUGUGCCGCGGGGACGCGGGCGGGCCGUGCCUGCAAGGCGCCGCGUUCAAGCGCAAGCGCGCCUGGUCCCGGGCCGUCUUCUCAAGCCUGCAGCGCAAGGGACUCGAGAAGCGCUUCCAGGUGCAGAAGUACGUGACCAAGCCCGACCGCCGGCAGCUCGCGGCCAUGCUGGGGCUCACGGAUGCGCAGGUCAAGGUGUGGUUCCAGAACCGGCGCAUGAAGUGGCGGCACUCCAAGGAGGCCGAGGCGCAGAAGGACAAGGACAAGGAGAAGGACAAGGACAAGGACGUCCCCGCGGAGAGUGCCCAGGUGGCCGGCUCCGUCGAAGCACUGUCCGCUGGGGGCACGGCCCACGUAGUCGGACGCGGCGAUCGCGACGACGACGACGACAACAACAACAAGGACGACGACAACGACCUGAAAGAAGACACGGCUGACAGCGACAAUGACUGCGAUGGCAGAGAUGAUGGAGACAGCGAGGGCCUGAACUCCGAUGACCACGAGCACGAGAGCAGCAGCAGCAGCUGCGGCGGCGGCGGCGGCGGCGACGACGCUCCACAGGACGCGGUCCACGCGCGCCCCGAGCCGCUCCUUGCGUGUCCAGCGAGAGCGGACGAGAGAAGCCACGCCGGAGUUUGAGGUCGCGACACAAUUACGAUGGCGUAGUCCGGGAGGCGGUGGGUUCGUACACGGAGCUGAAGAAGGGGAAGUGGCGGCGAUUGCCGUAUGAACUGUGGCGAGCAGGGCGACGUUGUGGUGUCGAGGAAUGGCCUCUCGGUGAGGUGACACGACCACGGAGGUGUUUUGUUUUUUUCUCUCCCCCCCCCACCCCGCUGUUUAUACGUCUGCCUUACGAGAACCCAAAGACCGGAGUCCCUCGACAGUCGCUUGCUACGUAUCUGUAAUCACAAAUAUAUAUGUGCAAAUGUAGCCCUCGGAACAGGGUCAAGUCGAUUUAAGUGUAAAGCUAAAUUAACGCGUUUUUUGUGUCUAUUCGUUCGCGAUCAAGGCGACUGUGACCACGUAUUUCACAAUGACAAUUUGUCGCCUGGUUUAAUCUCGAGUGCAAUUCGAAGGCGGGAUCAGAGGAGCACUCACAGCUCCUGUGUCUCGAACACGGACGUAGCGUGAUGUCCCUCAGCAGGCCAGCCACUUCGCAAACUAUCUUGUGAGCAUUAUCACCAUCAUCAUCGUCAUCGCGAUCGCCAUCAUUCACAAGCCGACUGUGAUGUCGAGGAGGUUUUAACACGAAAUAAAUCGACCGCCGUAACGUACAAGAGGCCCGUCUCUUCUCACAUUCGCAUUAAGAAUCAGGAUAUUUUUUUUCUACUGGAGGAAUCUGAUGAGCUAUUUUUCAUAGAACGUUACAACAAAGCAAAAACAUGAUUUAAAAGAUAAACAAAUCACAGAUGCAACCAAACCAUCCCCAUCCUACCAGGCCAAGCCCACCGAGGUGUCAUUUUGUCAGAAGCGACCUGGUCAUCAAACAAAUAAAACGUUUCUCGUGGUAAUGUUACAAAAAAACAUAUUAUUGGUCAUCACAUCGGCGUGUAAAAAAAAACAACUGACCUUUAACAGCUGCCACUCAACACAAAUUCACGUUUGCUUAUUCCCAAGCCCGACCUCCCGUGGCAUAUCUCCAUUUGCCCGUUAAACGGAAGCCGCCUUCAGUGUGGCGACGACGAUGCCUCAGUAUCUACCGGCCGGCUCAACGGAAGUUUGGAAUGGAUGCACCUUGCGAGUGGAGUCACGCAGUAGAAGCAUCGACUCGUAAGAGAAGGAGAAAGAGAGGAGGAGGAGGUGGGGGGGGCAGCGAGCAACGUGUAAGUGUGAACCGAGGAGAAUUUUACAUCCUCCGCUGUUGAGUUUUACAACCAAAAACUAACAAUCCGAGAAGAGGGAGUGAUCCCAGCGAACUGACACGUCACCUUUUUCCAUACGCCUAUCAAGUGGCCACAAAAGACAAAUAGGAAAAUCCCCCUCAUCAUCACAACCUUCACAGACUGCCUAUGAAGGUCGGAACGGUAAACCAGGGAGUGGGUGGCCAGCACCACGCCCGACCGCCUUUGUCUCUUCCUAGUGGCGAUAUUUACACACUCAUUUGAGGCUGAGUCGACCCAGGGGAGGCCCGGGAUCGGUUACGAUGGUUUUGGCCGUUACCGGUAAUCGAACUUGGGGUACCGGGUUCGUAGCGCAGUGCGCUAACAGCUGCGCCACCGCUCCCCACAAGUGGCUACCCUACCCUACUAACCUUUAAUUGGCUUUUUGAUGAUCGUAAACAAGCAUAAGGCAAGCGAUAUAUAUAUCCUUUAUAUUCUAGUCAUCGUCCUUUAUUUAACCAAGUAAAAACCCGUUCACAUUCAGUACACGUGUGCAAGGGAGCCCCGGGUAACUGCAGUUACGUGUGGCAACGAUUGCGAUCUUCCUUUUGUUUCGUUUCUUUCUUGCAGUUGCGCGAAAUUUCGCUUAAAGUACCGAGGCACAGCAAUGGGUGGCUGUUCCUUCGCGAGCGAUGUUGUCAACCGACGGCCUUUCAUUACAUUCGCUGAAUUUCCCACGGACAUCGCCACGGAUCACUUUUGUGUGGCGCCUUGAGACGUUGUGAUAGGCGACGAAAUAAGUUAAAAUUGUUGUUGUUGUUGUUGAAAACUAUGCGUCGAUGGUCGCACGGUCAGUCUGAUUAUUCCGUCGAGAGAUCGAAGCUGCAUCCGUGCAUUGGGAAGUUUUCACGGGUCGCGUUCCGACGACAUUCACCGAACAAGCCGUUACGCAACAACAGGGCGACACGUGGUCGGUGUGUUGUAAAGGCGUCAAUGGGGAGCCUUAGACGCGAUGAAUUGUCGAGUGUAUUUAAAGUCAUAAACAUUCACCCCGUGAAUGGCGCAUGCAGACAAACAUAAAGAGAGUUAUUUAUGAGAGGAAACGCUAGCGCCGCAUGUGUUAAGACGUUAAUUCCUGCGUUUAGUGUUUUCACAGCCCCGUGCAUGUGCAGAUGUUGUGUGCGAGUGCAUUUUUUUAUUUUGAGAUAUUUUUUUUUCUCCCCAUUUUAACAAAAUGCACUAGUGUGUCACAAUCAUGUCAGUGUAUUCGUAUGUUCGUGCCUUAAGUCAAUCUACAGCAAGCAACAACACUUUGAAUAUCUCUCUUGUUCCAUUCUAGCUGGUGGACGAAAUGCCAGGAGCGCAACUGUCAAAAAAACAGCCCUCGUUUUCAACACGGGCUGCAACAUUGGGGGAAAAUAAAAUUGUGGCAGCAACGUCGCUCACGUCUGUGGAACAUGCCGGCACUGCUGCCCCUACAUGUUCUACAUCCCUGCGAUUGGUUGGCGUGAGGUCAUGUGGGUUUGUCAAGGGCAGCACCUAUGCUAUGACAAAAAAAACAAAUAUUGCGACUAUCUUUCUCGUGGAAAUUGUAUGCUGGGAAGUAAAUUUGUUUAAUUUGAUUGUAUUGAGUUGGAAAACGCAUCCUUAAAUAUUUCACAUUUCGGGCCUUGUUUUUUUGUUUAUACUUGUGUAAUGCCUCAACUGCUGUAUUUUCUUGUCAAAUCAAAACAAACUUUACUUUUUAGCACGAUUCGUGCAUGAAAUGCAAUACAAAGUGCUUAACAAGGCACAUUAAAAGCGACUGACACAAUUUAAACGGCAAUAAGAUUGAUACGUAAAAAAGACGUAACAUUGUGAUGAACUAAAAGUAUAAUGAAAAGCAUAACAAGCACACAGUCGCGGCAUCCUAGUUAAAAGACAAUUAAAAAAAGGUAUGUUAUAAGAUGUCGUUUAAAAACAUUCACUGAUUCUUGUCAGAACUUGGGACUUUGAUAAGGCCUCAAUUCCUUUUUGGAAAGUGGAAUCCAAGCCAAAUAAUGAAUACUUCUUUUUCACUGUUACAACGAGUCGUGCAGAGCCAGCUUUGUACGGUUCAGGAGGGGCCAAGUUGUUUUUCCACUGCCGAAGCUGAACCGUGCUGCCGAUAUCAAGUGCAGUCCAUGAGUUAAGAUGCAUAGAAAUGAUGCGGUGAUGCUCUGUUCUGACGGCCUACAUGCAAUGAACACAUCAUUAACGCUGGCCCUGUUUGGCCCCGAGUCAGAUUCAGACGGGUUCUUGUGAGACCAGCAUACCACGGUUUGGUUUAGGCUCAGUACGGCAAAUAGCAGAGGUGUGGACUCGAGUCAUGUGACUUGGACUCGAGUCAGACUCGAGUCAUGAAUUUGAUGACUUCAGACUCGACUUGGACUUGCAUAACAAUGACUUUGUCCCACCUCUGAGGUGUGGACUCGAGUCAUGUGACUUGGACUCGAGUCAGACUCGAGUCAUGAAUUUGAUGACUUCAGACUCGACUUGGACUUGCAUAACAAUGACUUUGUCCCACCUCUGGCAAAUAGCCAGUGGAAAACCACCUGUACUGCGAUGGCUUGGUAGUAUCAGUGGGGAAGGGGUAUACGUACAAAAAGGGACCCUGAGUUUCUAGAAAUGGUGAAAAUAAUUUGUAAUCGACUGCAAUAUAUUAACAUUCAGAAAUGUUGAAUUACUGUAACCAGAGUUGCCUACAGCACAACAUUGACAGAUCCCGAAAACAUUGCAUGCAACUUUCCAAACAAAAACUUUCAAAAUAAAAUAAUAAUAAUAAAUGAUGGGAAGGCUAGGGCACUUAGAAAAAUAAUAUUUCGGGUGCACACUUCCACCCACGAACCACAACAUGAAAAUGUCCUGGAAUGUGUUCCAACAUUACCACCACCUGUGUUUCCAUAAUGGCAUGCCGACACUCGCGUGUUACGACGGUGGUCGGCGUGCCUGAUGCAUAUCGCGUGUGGUUAACGGGGCUACUCACAACCUCUCUGCAUCGCGGUGUGAAUUAAAGAGGGGGCGGGGGAGAAAAAAAACAAACGAGGAAUUUCACCCAAAGAGGCCUUUCACUUCGUGUGUCUGCCAGGUCAUUUAAAAUCCUCAAACCACUCGGACGCAGUGGGUCUGCGUUUGCAGCGAGCGAUAUUUUCAUUUUUUCGUUAUAAGAAAGCGAGACUGUGUAUGCGGAAGCGGCUGCUGUAAAGUAGACGGUGAAGAGUGUGUGUUACUGGCCAAAUCCAACAUCUGAAAACGGCCUGCAAAUAAAAAAACAAAAA